AUGAAUAUUUCUUCACUGAUUGGACUUUUUUUCCUAUUUUUGUCCAUUUUGAAGGUCCAUGUAAAUGGAAAAACAAACAAUUUCAUUGUCACUGAAUUUGGUGCUGCAGCAUAUGGAAUAAAAGACAGUAAACAGGCAUUUGCAAACGCAUGGAAGAAAGCUUGCCAAACUCCGGGCGGCAUACUGGCGGUUCCUGCCGGAAAAACUUUCCUUUUAAGUGGCGGAGACUUCGUGGGCCCAUGUAACGGCAAAACCAUAUUCCGAGUAGACGGAACCAUAGUUGCCUCGAAUGACCCUAAACUCGAUGAUCGUGACUACUGGAUCACUUUCGACAACAUUGCACGCCUCAUUGUUGUUGGAAAUGGCGUAUUCAACGGCAACGGGGCAUCAUCGUGGUCCCGUUGUGGACCGUGGAACUGCAAAAGUCGUCCCACGGAGGAGAAUCGUUGGAAGAAGUCGGAGGAUCAGUUCGUGAAGGGAUAUGCAGCAGUCUUGGAGAAGGAGAUUAAGUUCUUGAUCACGUCAGUUGAAGGGACGACGGUGUGGCCAGUUUUGGUUCGUGCAGCUUUGAGCGAUAUUGUUGAGAAGUUUUCUGCAUUGGCGAUUCAUUGUGGAGAGAGCUCGAAGGUUCAUCGAUCAAGAAAGAGGGAAGUUCUUGGUGAUCGUUGGUGUAGCUCGCUCAAUGAUCGUUGCUCAUACUGA